AGUAUGAUUGGAUCUGGGUCCCUGGGAAUGUGUGUGGUAGCGGAGAGGGACAGCAUCAUGAGGAGUGAAGGCGAGGAGAUGUCCUCAGAUAAAGCCACAGACCCAAGCAUGCCAGAACAGGAUUGGUCAGCUAUCCAGAACUUCUGUGACCAGGUGAACACUGAUCCCAAUGGCCCAACCCAUGCGCCCUGGCUGCUGGCCCAUAAGAUCCAGUCUCCACAAGAGAAAGAAGCUCUUUAUGCCUUAACGGUGCUGGAGACGUGUGUGAACCACUGUGGAGAGAAGUUCCACAACGAGGUGGCCAAGUUCCGCUUCCUGAAUGAGCUGAUCAAAGUGCUGUCCCCAAAGUACCUAGGGUCCUGGACCACAGAAAAGGUUAAAGGAAGAGUCAUCGAAAUCCUCUUCAGCUGGACAGUCUGGUUUCCAGAAGACAUUAAGAUCCGAGAUGCUUAUCAGAUGCUGAAGAAACAAGGAAUCGUAAAGCAAGACCCUAAACUACCAGUGGAUAAAAUCUUGCCCCCACCUUCUCCCUGGCCCAGGAGCUCCAUCUUUGAUGCUGAUGAAGAAAAGUCAAAGCUUCUGACAAGGCUUCUGAAGAGCAGCCACCCUGAGGAUCUGCAGGCUGCGAAUCGGCUGAUCAAGAGUUUGGUCAAGGAGGAGCAAGAGAAAUCAGAGAAGGUGUCCAAGAGAGUCAGUGCCGUGGAGGAAGUGCGGAGCCACGUGAAGGUGCUGCAGGAAAUGCUGAGCCGGUAUCGCAGGCCGGGACAGGCUCCGCCAGACCAGGAGGCCCUGCAGGUUGUGUAUGAGAGGUGUGAGAAGCUGCGGCCCACCCUGUUCCGGCUGGCGAGUGACACUGUGGACGAUGACGACGCACUAGCGGAGAUUCUCCAGGCAAAUGACCUCCUCACCCAGGGAGUUCUGCUGUACAAACAGGUGAUGGAGGGCCGUGUCAUCUUUGGGAACACAGUGACCAGCACAGCAGGAGACACACCUGACUCCAGAGUCUUGCAGAGUCCAGCAGCCUGUCCGAGGAGCUGCCUGAUCGACUUGGAGCUGGACAGUGAGUCUGAGCAGGCUGGGCCUGGGGCACCGUCUCUGCUUCAUCAGGACCUGGCAGCCUUAGGAAUCAGUGAUGCUCCAGUUACCAGCAAGGUUGCCGGGCAGAGUUGCUGUAAGGAAAAGAGGAAUCCUGCAGGCACACUGCCAGGUGGCGGUGUUCAGAGCCCAUCAGCAGAGAGGAGUGUGCUGGACCUCCUCUCCCCACAGCCUCCUUCGGGCGCCCUGAAUUAUAUUCCACAGAAAAAUAUCCCCAAGGAAGUGCCACCAGGGACUAAGUCCUCUCCAGGUUGGUCCUGGGAGGCUGGCCCAUUGGCUUCGUCUUCCUCUUCUCAGAAUACACCUCUGGCUCAAGUGUUUGUCCCUUUGGAGUCUGUUAAGCCCAGCAGCCUGCCUCCGAUCAUUGUGUACGACCGGAACGGAUUCCGAAUUCUGCUCCACUUUUCCCAGACGGGGGCCCCUGGCCACCCCGAGGUGCAGGUGCUCCUGUUGACCAUGAUGAGCACUGCCACCCAGCCUGUCUGGGACAUCAUGUUUCAGGUGGCCGUGCCAAAGUCAAUGAGAGUGAAACUGCAGCCGGCAUCCAGCUCCCAGCUCCCAGCGUUCAGUCCUCUGAUGCCUCCAGCCGUGAUCUCUCAGAUGCUGCUGCUUGACAAUCCACACAAAGAGCCAAUCCGGUUACGGUAUAAGCUGACAUUCAACCAGGGUGGACAGCCUUUCAGCGAAGUUGGAGAAGUGAAAGACUUUCCAGACCUGGCAGUCUUGGGUGCAGCCUAACUUUUCUCAAGACACACCCUGCCAUUCAGGUGUAGGCAGUGUUCCUUGUGCUGUCUCGAUGGGACUGAUCACAGUGACUGAGUGCAGAGUGCCAGGAGUGCUGUCCUGAUGCAGGCUCCACAUGCCAGUUUCUGGCUUGUUUUGUAGUGUGUGUGUGGGUGUGUGUGGAUUUCUGUUACAUUCACACCUGCUACGAGCAUAUCUGUUUCUGUAUGUUUGGACACUGAUCUCCCAGCCUCAGGUGGGAUGUUUUAUAGCCAAAGCUAUUGUUCUCAUGUAUUACCUUUUCACUCAUCCACUCUGUGCCUUGUCAGCCUUUGAAAGUCUUGUUGCUCCCAGGUUGCUGCUCUCUGGGACCUUAAAAGGGACCUAGUGGGACUUGGGCAGAGAGUGUCUUCUGGGGCACUCUUUCAAGAGAGACCUGCCUCCAUUUCCACUAGAGAAUGCUGCUGGCAUGUGUUCGGGAAGAUCUUCUAAAUGGAAUGCUUGUCGCACUGUUUUCCAGGCAAGAGGCUGCACUGACCAGAGGACCACACUGGUGGGCCAAUCAUGUUCUUCACCACUGUGCCUUAGACUCACCCACAGCUGGGCCUCAGGGCAGAGGGGAGCGCAGAUCCCAGGCCUUAUUCAGGCCGUAGGUUCCAUGGGUUGUGCAGCCUGUCGGCCCUUACUCAGGACCCGCAUCUCCGUCCUCUGUCUUCACAGGCACGUACUCAGAGCCCUGUGUGACACAGUGCCAGUCACUGUCAUUGUAGCUAGCAGGCUCCCCUCCUCUGUUGCCUUUGCAACCCAAGAUGAACUGUGAGCAAAUAGAUAUGAAAAGAGCUUAGCAGUGAUUUAAGUGGUGACUGAAUACAGAAAGUCAUUGAAUAAAUACCUGUGUAGCAAAUA